UUGCCUAUCAAUGGCCGUGACUUCGCGAUCGUCGUCACACGAGUCCCUGUUGUUUUAGCAUAUACGAGUGUCCAAACGUGCAACCAGUGAGUGUUGACGAACCGUCAUGACUCGCCGAUAAACUUUUGCGAGUGGCCGGGCGAGUGGUUGUGCGAGUGGCUAGCGAUUUAUGCACUCGAGUGCUUCUGUGACUGUGAGUUUUCGCGGCUUCGAGCUGGAUCAUCCAGGCGGUUUUGGCGCGUCGCCCUGGGCGGCCGUCCUGGGGCACCAUGCCGCCGCCUCUAUAAUGCAAACGGGAGACCCCCAUGGUUAUGGACCCGCUCAUCAUCCAAGCGGUCCCAUGGAUCUCCAUAUGACACAGCCUUUUCCUUAUUAUCGGUUACGCGAGGAAACCUUAUACUGGCCGGAUAGAAAACCUACGGUUGAUGAUGUGGGCAAUCCGUCUUCUGUAAAUGCUCGAUGUCUUCCAUUUGCUGAACCUAUUUUGGAGCUGCGGAAAGAGAAAAGCAGAGAUGCAGCUCGAUCUAGGAGAGGAAAGGAAAAUUAUGAGUUCUAUGAACUCGCCAAGAUGCUGCCCUUACCAGCCGCCAUAACCUCGCAAUUAGACAAAGCUAGUAUCAUACGCUUAACGAUCUCAUAUCUCAAAUUAAGAGAUUUUGCGGGUCAUGGAGAUCCGCCAUGGAGUAGAGAUGGUUCACCGCCAUCAAAAACGUUGAAAGGCAGGAGAACCACAUUAGUCAUGGAUGUUUUCGAGCAACAUCAGGGAACACACAUAUUGCAGUCGGUGGAUGGAUUUGCUCUGGCGGUAGCAUCAGACGGAAGAUUUUUAUACAUUUCCGAGACUGUUUCUAUAUACUUAGGACUAUCACAGGUUGAAAUGACCGGUAGUAGCAUUUUUGAUUAUAUCCAUCAACAAGACCAUUCAGAAAUAGCUGAGCAAUUAGGUUUAGGAUUAUCGCAAGGGCAGAACUUGGCCUCACCGGGAAGUGGUUCAGAAGAGAGUGGUUCUGCAACAGGGACCAACAACCCUGACGUUUCAACCGUGAUGUCACUAGGAACAAAUCCACCUUAUAAGGGCUUAGAUAGGGCAUUUUGCAUUAGGAUGAAGUCAACUUUAACUAAAAGGGGCUGUCAUUUUAAAUCUUCAGGGUAUAGAGUGGUUUUAAUGCUGUGUAAGCUAAGACCUCAAUACGUGUUUCCGCAUUCACGUAAAUCGCAACAGCCACCCAUUUUGGGUAUGGUAGCUGUUGCAAUAGCACUGCCUCCACCUAGUGUACAUGAGAUUCGUCUAGAAUCUGACAUGUUCGUCACUAGGAUAAAUUUCGACUUUAAAAUCGCCCAUUGUGAGCCAAAAGUUAUUGACUUAUUAGAUUAUACACCCGAAGAACUGACUGGUAGAAAUUUGUAUUCAUUGUGCCAUGGUGAAGAUGCCAACAAGCUAAGAAAGUGUCAUAUAGAUUUAAUAAAUAAGGGACAAGUUUUGACCCACUAUUAUAGAAUAAUGAAUAAAAACGGAGGAUAUACGUGGCUUCAAACGUGCGCCACUGUAGUGUGCAACUCCAAAAACGCCGAAGAGCAAAAUAUUAUUUGCGUAAAUUACGUAUUAAGUGGUAGAGAGUAUGAAAACCUUAUAAUGGAUUGUUGCCAAAUGGAAGACAACUCGCACCUGGUUAAAAGGGAAGAAGCUAGCAGCAAUGAUCCAGAAAAUGGAUCUCCAGAUGCUGAUCGAGGAGAUGACAGAAAUAGCGGAGGUCCACCCAAUCCACCUUCAGAUCCAUCUCAAGAUCUAGAAGAUAGCACAAACCACGGCGCGGACCCUGGGAAUAUCACUAAAGACAUCGGCGAUCUAAGAACCCGCCGAUUAGAUCCGGUUACAAAUGUAGCUCAACUUCAAGGUACCGCUACACCUGUAGUAGACCAAAGAAAAUCUACCACUCCCAUUAGACGAGCGCAAAAAAGGAAAAACACAUCUUCAGACGAAACCGAUGAAGAAGAGGCAGUCAAUGCGAACAGAAAUGUUGUAAUGAGUCCAGCUAGUUCGUGUCAUUCUACUACCGGCACCCAUCCGAUUGUUUCUGCCCCAGAGUCUACAGGCAAUAGUCCGAAGAAACUGGACGAUACAGCAAGUAGUACAGGAGGUACAUCUGUAAAGGACCUAGAAAACGCCAUGUCAAAGCAUCUUCCAGCAUGCAAAUCUCCUAAUCACCAGCCUACAGAUUUUAGUACAGAUGCACUUCUAAAGCAACAACAAAGAACUACUAUUCAGUGGAUCGGUGCCCAUCAGCAGUUGCAACAACAAGGUCCUUUGCCAGCUUCUGCGCUAUUGAGACAACUGUAUGCUAAUAGAGAGAGUGUUAUUAGAGCUAACGUGCACGGAAUUACUAGUGCUGGAAGAUCCAGUAGCGCAUCAGGCUAUUAUCCAACAGAUAGUCAAGUAGGUCCUCUACCAACACCUCCUGGAAGUGAAGGAUCGUCAUCUUACAGUGAUCACCAGUUCCUCUUAUCGCAGCACCAAAAUUACCCUACGGGAUAUUCCAUGGACUAUCAUUCAGCAAUGACUCCUCCGUCCAGUGUUUCACCUAGAGAUAAACAUCAACAGCUCCACAGUGGAGUCACUUUCGAUUCACCAGUUCCAUAUCAAGAUGUUCUCAGACAGUACCCGGAUAGUCCUCUACCCUUGAAACCUCAAGUGUACUCUUAUGUCGAUCAGCCUCAGUUUUACCAUCACGGCACUGCAGGAGCUGGAUUUCAUUUGUACCAUCCUAGCAAAGGAACUGGCGCACCUUCAAAUUGGUAUGCUCCUUCAUAGUAAUAUUGAGUGAGGUGGUACCCUUCGUUAUUUAUUAAUUAUUUUUCUUCAAGUUGUUUUAUGUUAAUUUUCUAUGUUUUACUGAAGACUAUUGAAGUAUUCACAAAUUCACAAUCGAGUUUUCUAGAAGUAAUGUAUGAACCGAUGAGAAUUCUCUACUAGGUAUGUACCGUUUUUAUAGCUUAUUGUAUUUAUGUAUCUCAUAUGUACAGAGGAACUUAUCACUGGACAAAAUUGUCUACCAAACUGCAAGUGUGUAAAACGUAUAGUGAAUGCUUUAGACUCGUUCGUAGUGUUCACGCCACUGUACCAAACCAAAGAACUUACUAUGAAAUAACAUGCCUUUAAUCGCAUGUCAUUAGAAGCAGAUGUAGUAUGGUGACCAUGUUAUUUUGUAUUAUUAAUAUCUACAAACUGUUUCACUGAUCUGAAAAAUUACUGACAUGUAAAUAUAUAUUGACUUCAAUUGAAUAUAUAGAAAUUCGUUAGCAGAAUUAAAUAAAGUCAUAUUUUUAGUUAAAUAAUUCAAAAAUAUGCAGAAAACUUUCCAAUAUUAUUAAACGAUUUGUUCGCCUAAAUAUAUUUAAUUGAAUUGCUAAUUUCAUGCAGUAGAAUGUAAAUGCUUGAAAGUUGAAGACAUGCAGGGUCUGUCAAAAUGAUCAAAAUAUAUCAAUUAAUAUUUUUACAGACUCUGACCGCUCCGAACUAUGUAAAUAUUAUCUUAGAAUAUUCUAGCUAUAUAGGUACUUGUAUGUAUGUUAUUUUUGUUGGGCAUUGAUUCGCGUUAAAUUAUAACUUUUUAUACAGCGUCACAAAGUGUAAUAUUCUUAAGUUCAGUUACGUUUUAAUUAAUUUGGUUAAGUUGCGACUGACUGAUAUAAUAUGACUACCAAUAAAACCCAUGAAGUUUGA